AUGCUGCAGCCAGCACCCUGCCCCGGGUUAGGGGGCUGGCACCGCCAGCCUGGCCUCCUGCCUCUGCUCCUGGCUCUCCUUGGCAUAAGCUGGGCAGAGACGCAGCUGCCCCAGCUGCAGGAGAAGCCGGCUGUGAUGCCUGGAGUCCUAAGCCGGAAAGAGAGCUUCCUGCUUCUCUCCCUGCACAACCGCCUGCGCAGCCGGGUCCACCCCCCUGCAGCAAACAUGCAGAGAAUGGACUGGAGCGAGAGCCUGGCCCGACUUGCUCAAGACAGGGCAGCCCUCUGCGGGGCCCUGGCACCGAGCCUAGCUUCUGACCCGCAGCACGCCCAACAGGUGGGCUGGAAUGUGCAGCUGGUGCCUGCAGGCUCAGCGUCCUUCGUGGAGGUGGUCAGCCUGUGGUUCGCAGAGGGACAGUGGUACAGCUAUGCAGCAGCUGAGUGUACCCACAAUGCCACCUGCACCCACUACACUCAGCUCGUGUGGGCCACCUCGAGCCAUCUGGGCUGUGGGUGGCAUCGCUGCUCCGUGGGCCAGGCAGAGAUGGAGGCCUUUGUGUGUGCCUACUCCCCAGGAGGUAACUGGGAGGUGAAUGGGAAGACAAUCAUCCCCUACAAGAAGGGCACCUGGUGUUCACUCUGCACGGCCAGAGUCUCAGGCUGCUUCAAAGCCUGGGACCAUGCAGGAGGGCUCUGUGAGGUCCCCAGAAACCCAUGCCGCAUGAGCUGCCGGAACCACGGACACCUCAACGUCAGCACCUGCCGCUGUCACUGUCCCCCUAGCUACACAGGCCGAUACUGCCAAGUGCGGUGCAGCAUGGGGUGUGUGCACGGCCGGUUCCGGGAAGAGGAGUGCUCCUGCAUCUGUGAUGUCGGCUUUGGGGGUGCCCAGUGUGACACCAAGGUGCACUUUCCCUUCCACACCUGCGACCUGAGGAUCGACGGGAACUGCUUUAUGGUGUCCUCAGAGGCAGACACCUACUACGGAGCCAAGAUGAAGUGCCAGGGAAAGGGUGGAGUGCUAGCCCAGAUCGAGAGCCAGAAAGUGCAAGACAUCCUUGCCUUCUACCUGGGCCGCCUGGAGACCACCAAUGAGGUGACGGACAGUGACUUUGAGACCAAGAACUUUUGGAUCGGCCUCACCUAUAAGACUGCUAAGGACUCCUUCCGCUGGACCACCGGGGAGCACCAGUCCUUCACGAGUUUUGCCUUUGGACAGCCUGACAACCAGGGGUUUGGCAACUGUGUGGAGCUGCAGGCAUCGGCCGCCUUCAACUGGAACGACCAACGCUGUAAAACCCGAAACCGUUACAUCUGCCAGUUUGCUCAGGAGCACAUUUCCCGCUGGGACCCUGGGCCUUAA